UGACUUUUAAAUUAUUUUAUUAAUGAUAAUUAAUUGAUCACGUGACCCAUUGAGGGGUGGGGCUGCCUAGCAGUUAAAUCUCAAAAUGAGUUUCUUUGGCAUUGGUCAGGGAGCAGACAUAAGCAUAGAACUGUCAGACUCAGAGAAGAGAAAGAAAGUUGAGGUGAAGAAUGAAGAAGGAAAGAAAGACAAACUCCCACUGUACCUUGACGGGGAGACAGUCUCGGGGCGGGUACAGAUCAACUUGAAAGGAAAGAAACUAGAGCACCAGGGAAUACGAGUCGAGUUUGUGGGACAGAUAGAGAUGUUUUACGAUAGAGGUAAUCAUCAUGAUUUCUUAUCUCUUGUACGUCAGUUAGCUCCACCUGGUGAACUCAACCAGUCCACCACUUACCCGUUUGAGUUCCUUCAUGUUGACAAACCUCAUGAAACCUACACUGGGACUAACGUGAGACUCAGGUACUUUGUACGAGUGGUCAUCAUUAGAAGGAUCUCUGACAUCGUCAAGGAACUUGACGUGGCGGUACACACCCUCUCUUCUUAUCCUGACAUCAUUAACAGUCUUAAAAUGGAAGUUGGAAUUGAAGACUGUCUCCAUAUUGAAUUUGAAUAUAACAAAUCAAAAUAUCAUUUGCGUGAUGUUGUAGUGGGUAAGAUUUAUUUCCUGUUGGUUCGUAUCAAGAUUAAGCAUAUGGAGAUUGCAAUUAUUAAAAAGGAAACCACAGGAACACCUCCAAACGUGUACACAGAAAAUGAACAAGUUGCGAAAUAUGAAAUAAUGGAUGGAGCACCAGUAAGAGGUGAGUCUAUUCCGAUAAGACUGUUCUUGUCUGGCUAUGAGUUGACACCAACCAUGAGAGAAGUUAAUAAAAAGUUCUCGUGUCGUUAUUACUUGAAUCUUGUCCUGGUUGAUGAGGAGGAGAGGAGGUAUUUCAAGCAACAGGAGAUUAUACUGUACAGAAAAGGCGAUGCAAAGAGCGCUAGGAAAGCAACUGCUAAGGAGUAGAUUAUUAAUUAAUUAAUUAAUAUUAUUAUUAUUUACUGUGUUGCUGUUGUGUGUAUAAAAAUAAUUAUUCCCUUUACUUGAUUAACUGACA